CCCCAGAGCUGUGCGUGCGAAUGUAGGCGAGGAGGAAGGAAGGAAGAAAGGAAGGAAGGAGGGGAGAAAAGGAGGAGAGGAGGGUGCUUCUGCUGCUGCUGCUCAGGGAGGGUGGAGACUGCAAGUGCUGGCUGGCUUCCUUUGGGCAGAACUCAGAGAGAGCAGAGCCGAGGGCUGAGCGGUCGGUCAGUCGGUCGGUGGGUCACUCUCCUUGCCGGCCCUUCCUGCCAUGUGCCGGUUAUGGGGUGCCUUUCUGCUGCUGGGGAUGCUGCUGAGCCCGAGUGCCACCUCUGGACCAGUGAAUCCCUGCUGCUCUUUCCCAUGCCAGCACAAAGGCGUGUGCAUCCGCACAGGCGUAUCCGGAUACGAAUGUGAUUGCACCCGGACCGGUUACUACGGCACCGACUGCGCCGUGCCCGAAUUCUGGACGCGCAUCCAUGACGCCGUGCGGCCCUCGCCCGCCUUCUACCACUUCAUCUUGACCCACUUCAGGUGGUUUUGGGACGUCAUCAACAACACUUUCAUCCGGGACACGUUGAUGAGGCUGGUGCUGACCAUGCGGGCCAACCUCAUUCCCAGCCCGCCCACCUACAAUUCCAAGUACGGCUACCUCAGCUGGGAGUCCUAUGCCAACCUGAGCUACUUCACCCGGGUCCUCCCCCCGGUGCCCACUGACUGCCCCACGCCCAUGGGCACCAAAGGGCCGUCGCAGCUCCCGGACCCGAAGCUGGUGGCCGAGCGCCUCCUCCUCCGGCGGACCUUCUGCCCGGCCCCUCAGGGCACCAACCUGAUGUUCGCCUUCUUUGCCCAGCACUUCACCCACCAGAUCUUCAAGACCUCCGGCAAGAUGGGACACGGCUUCACCAGGGCCCUGGGCCAUGGGGUGGAUCUGGGGCACAUUUACGGAGACAACCUGGAGCGGCAGCACCAGCUCCGACUCUUUCGGGACGGGAUGCUCAAGUACCAGAUUGUCAAGGGGGAGAUGUACCCACCCUCGGUGGUGGAGGCCCCAGUGCACAUGAUCUACCCGGCGCACGUGCCGCCUGAGGCCCGCCUGGCGGUGGGGCAGGAGGUCUUUGGCCUGCUCCCGGGGCUCAUGAUGUUUGCCACGCUCUGGCUGCGGGAGCACAACCGUGUCUGCGCCCUCCUCAAGGAGGAGCACCCCACCUGGGACGACGAGCAGCUCUUCCAGACCGCCAGGCUCAUCCUCAUCGGGGAGACCAUCAAAAUUGUCAUCGAGGACUACGUCCAGCACCUCAGCGGCUACUACCUGCAGCUGAAGUUCGACCCGGAGCUGCUCUUUGGGGCCCAGUUCCAGUACCACAACCGCAUCGCGGUGGAGUUCAACCAGCUCUACCACUGGCACCCGCUCAUGCCGGACACCUUCCGGAUCCGAGGCGAGGAGUACAGCUAUGAGCAGUUCAUCUACAACACCUCCAUGCUGACCGACUACGGCGUGGAGGCCUUGGUCGAGGCCUUCUCCAAUCAACGGGCUGGACAGAUCGGUGGAGUGCCGAACAUUCACAGAAACCUCCUGAAAGUGGCCAUUGGGGUCAUUGAGGAGUCCAGGCUGCUGCGCCUCCAGUCCUUCAACGAAUACCGGAAGCGGUUCAACUUGAAGCCCUACACGUCCUUCCAAGAGCUGACAGGGGAUGAGGCGACAGCGUUGGUGUUGGAGGAGCUGUAUGGCGACAUCGACGCGGUGGAGUUCUACCCGGGGAUGCUGGUGGAGAAGACGCCUCCACGGGCCAUCUUUGGGGAGAGCAUGGUGGAGAUAGGGGCCCCCUUCUCCCUGAAGGGCCUGCUGGGGAACCCCAUCUGCUCCCCCGAAUACUGGAAGCCCAGUACCUUCGGUGGGGAGACCGGCUUCCAGCUGGUGAAGACGACCACGCUCCGAAGCCUGGUCUGCCGCAACCUCAAGGCAACAGCCAAGGAGGGGACGGCAGAGGAGGAGGAGUGUCCCUACGUGGCCUUCUGGGUCCCCGAUACGGCCCUCGAGGUGGAGAGCCCCGAGAGGAAGGAGCUGUAGGUAGGGUGGCCCUUCCUCCCAUGAAGGAAGGGAGAGAGACACACACAUCCACGAAUGCAGCAUCUCCCCCAUGAGACCUUGGGGAACGCUUCCUUUUGGGACUACAACCCCCAGCGUCCCCUGAGCUGGGUCAGGAAGGACACUGCAGGUGGAACUGUGAUCAGCAGGAGUUGGCUUUUCUAAUAAAGGAGGUGGUUUUUUGUU